AACCAACAUUAAUGUCAGAAUAAAUUUCAGGAUACUUGUUCAUUUUCCCAUCUAUAUAAACCGAUCUACAUUUUCAAAUAAAAGUAUUUAGGAAGCAAUAUUUCUUAACACUCUCAUCUCCCAUAAAUAAUAUAUAAAAUAAAAAAAAGGGAAGAGUUCUUUGCAUUGCUAGGUUGCAAUAAUAUGGAGAUUGAUAAAAAAGAAAGCAUGGAGGAGAAUAACAAGAAGAAGAUCGUGUAUAGUGGUGUCAAAGCCAUGCCAUUUGUUAUAGGAAAUGAGACGUUUGAAAAGCUAGGAACAAUAGGAACAUCACACAAUUUAUUGGUGUAUCUAACCACAGUGUUUAACAUGAAUAGGAUGAAUGCUACAAAUGUUCUUAACAUCUUCAAUGGAUCAGCCAAUUUGGCAACCCUCCUUGGUGCUUACCUUUGUGACACCUACUUUGGCCGGUACAAAACCUUGGGGUUCGCAAGCAUCGCCUCUUUCUUGGGAAUGCUAUUUCUUACAAUGACAGCCGUAAUACCAUCGUUACACCCUCCACACUGCGCUACAGGCGAAAAUUGCGUGGGAGCAACAACAGGGCAGCUAGCAUUUUUGCUAGGAGGAUUAGCAUUUUUGAUCAUAGGAGCAGGGGGGAUUAGGCCAUGUAACUUAGCAUUCGGAGCAGAUCAGUUUGACCCGGAAACAGAAUCGGGUAAACGAGGGAUCAGUAGCUUCUUCAACUGGUACUACUUCACGCUUACAUUCGCAAUCAUGAUCUCUGUAACCUUGGUUGUGUACAUUCAGACUGAUGUUAGCUGGGGUAUAGGCCUUGCAAUACCGGCUUUUUUCAUGUUUCUUUCGUGUGCGUUGUUCUUCUUGGGGACUAAGUUGUAUGUUAUGGUUAAGCCCCAAGGAAGUCCCCUUGUGAGUGUGGUGCAGGUCAUGGUUGCUGCUUUUAAGAAACGCGGCUUGGAGUUGCCGGAAAAGCCUUCCCUCUCCUUGUUUGAUCAUGUUCCUCAUCAGUCUAUCAACUCCAAGUUCCCUCAUUCUGAUCAAUUCAGAUGCCUUGACAAAGCAGCUAUCAUCACAAACGACGACAAAAUCAAUCCAGAAGGAUCAGCAGCAAACCCCUGGAAACUUAGUCCUGUACAGCAUGUAGAACAAGUAAAAUGUGUAAUCAGAGUAUUUCCCAUUUGGAUUUCUGGUGUCUUCUACACCAUAUCCAUGGUAACGACAGGAAACUACGUCGUAUUCCAAGCCUUACAGUCCAACAGAAGCCUAGGAGGAACUAACUUCAAGAUUCCAGCUGCGUCCUACACUAUAUUCUCCAUGCUAGCAAUGACAAUCUGGAUACCUGUCUAUGACAGAAUCGUAGUUCCGAAACUCAGAAAAAUGACAGGAAAAGAAAAUGGGAUAACAGUCCUGCAGAAGUUGGGGAUUGGUAUGGGUCUUAAUAUUAUAGCCCUUGUUGUUUUCGGGCUAGUUGAGCAGAGGAGAAGAGUAUUGGCUCUGACUAAGUCGAGUCUAGAGGUUGAUCCUCACAGAGGUGUGAUUUCAUCAUUCUCAGCAAUGUGGUUAAUACUUCCUUUAGUACUUUCAGGACUGUCAGAAGCAUUUGCUAUGAUCUCGCUUGUUGAAUUUUACUAUAAGCAGUUCCCAGAGAACAUGAGAAGCAUUGGUGGCGCGUUCUUGUUCUGUGGGAUGGCUGUUUCGAGUUACUUAAGCAGUUUCCUGCAGUCUGUUGUUGAUAAGAUGAGUAGGAACUCAAAGAGUGGAAGUUGGUUGAACGAGGAUUUGAACAAAGCAAGGCUAGAUUAUUUUUAUUAUGUCAUUGCUUGUUUACAGUUUGCUAAUCUUUUCUAUUUUUUGGUGUGUUCAAAGUGGUAUAGGUAUAGAGAAAGUAUUAGUACCUCUACUGAUGAAAGUAUAGAUGAAAUCAAAUCCGAAAUAUCUCUUGUUUGAACAUGGAAGAUUAUAUAACAAGUACUAGCUUAGUUUAGUUA